CAAGCAUCCUUGACGUACUCUGAGCUUGAACAGCGUAACAGAGAAUGUGAGGAAGAAUUAGAAAACGAAAAGGUUAUUGUUAAACUGUUCGAGUUCGAAAAAGAAGAUCUACAAAGACAAGUGGAGAAAUUGAAAAUUGAAUCUGAGUUGAAUUGCGAUAAAAUACGCCAAGCAGAGGAAAAAAUUAUUGCCAUGAACAGAGAAAUCAUUUCUAAAAAUGUACACAUCGAUAGUCUUAAGUACAGGAUGGCUACUUAUAGUAAAGAACUGAAGAAAAAGGAGAAAACUAUACAGAAUCUUUCCGACAACUUUUACAAAUUGAUGGAUGCUCAUGAAAAAAAUAGCAUUGAAAAGGAAACACAAGAUAAGAAAAUUAACAAGAUAAUAGAAAAGUUUAAUAUAACAUCAAAACUUCAAAGAGAGCUUGACACCGAAAGGAAACAGCAUGCAAUAUUCUUGAAGGAAUUAAGUGAAAGUGAACAAUUAGCUGUAAAGGAAAAACGGAAUGCAGAAGAUUGCGCAAGAAAAGCAGACAUAGAAAAGAAAAAGGCAGAAAAUGACGGAGAACUGGCUAAUAUGAAAAUCAAACAAUUAGAAAAAGAAAAACUGGACCUUCAAAUUCAAAAAGACGAAAUAAUUGAACAACAAAAGCUUGCAAAAACAGUUUGA